AUGUUGCAAUCACUGUUCCUUGCCAGCGUCCUGGCAGUCGGCAUCUACGCCCAGUCAACUCCCGACCCUGCUCUCACAGCAAACGGAGCUUUCCAACACCUCGGCUGUGUAGCCAUCAGACCUGGAACCUUUCCUCGACAGCUCAACCUAGGUCAGGCGGGGUGUACUUCAACUUGCUCAUCGAACGGAAAUAUCAUCGGAUUUCGUGGAAACAGCUGUGUCUGUGACCGGCUUGACCUCUCCGAUCGUCCUAUCUCGUACCGCGUUGUAAAGGUAGACAACUCCCUCUGCACUCAAUGGUGCGAUCCAGCCGAUAGGUCCAAGGGAACAUGCGGAGGUGCAUUGGUACAAGGAUGGCCCAUCUACGAUCUUUACAAGAGAAACAACGCUCAGAUCGUCUUUGAGAAUUUCCCGAGUGCAACGCCAACUCCCAUGUCGAGCGUUUAUCCUCCUGCUCCGACUGGCGGACCCAAGCCCGGCGAUGUGUGGCAUGAGUGCCCACCGCACGUUGUUGACUGCCCCUAUCGCAACAAGUGUCCCAAUGGGAAGUGUCAUUAUGUGCCCAAGCCCAUUGUCAAGCCUUGCUAUGGGUGUUCUUACAAUGGUACUGGAAACUGGACGGCUCCUACUUGCCCCCCUGGUGGCUGCGGCAAUGGUAGUAAGCCUGCUCCAGUUCCAGUUCCAGUUCCUGUCCCGGUCCCCAACCCUCCUUGCAAGGACUGCGGCAACGGGGGUGGAGGUAACGGCGGAAAUGGUGGCAAUGGAGGCAACGGUGGGAACGGCGGAAAUGGUGGUAAUAACGGUGGCAACGGCGGAAAUGGUGGUAAUAACGGUGGCAACGGCGGCACUGGUGGUAAUAACGGUGGCAACGGCGGCACUGGGGGUAACGGCGGAAAUGGUGGCUCAGGAGGUAACGGAGGUAGUGGCAGUAACGGAGAAAACGGAGGCAACGGAGGGCCUGGUGGUGGUGGCAGCUCCGGCAACGGCUCCGACGGUCAAGAUGGCUCUGGUGGAAACGGAGGGGACACACCUCCCGUCAUCGUCAACUCGGCCGUCAAGAUCCAAAGCGCAAGCUUUAUAACGUUUUUUCUAACAUUCUCGUUGGCCUUCAUUCUUUUAUAG